UAUACUAAACUCCUAUUUAACACAAUGUUAAUAAUGGGUAUUACUUCUACUACUCCUACUACUACUUAUCGAGUGCUUCGCUUCGAUGUUUACUCCAUUGAUGUUCACCGCAAACGGUUUCUAGUACCAGCGUUGCCUAGUGAGGACAGCCAUCUCAGUUUUAUUAGGGGCUAGUUUGAGCUACGGCGUUUCAGCCAGUCGUUCAAUCUCAUCAUUAGGUAGUCAAAGUUUUUGCUGCACGUCCUCAGGGCUGCUUGCAAGAAUGAUUCCCGCAAUGUCGUCGGCGUAGCCGUUUAGGUGGGUGUCCCGUGCCAUGUCCAUCCUCAAAAGGCGACACUCGUCAUAACCAAAACCAUACCGAUAGACCUCAUGGCAAACAAACGACAAAGACUCCACGAGCGACGCACAUAUAAGGGCACCCUUGACGACUACUCCCGUCAACUCGAAAGGAAGCAGACCCUAAGAGAAUGGCAAACUAGUUGGGAAAAUGCGGACACAGGGAGAUGGACAGCUAAACUUAUCCCAGCACUCGAAACAUGGUCUGACUGCAAACACGCAGUAACUAACUUCAACCUACCGCAACUACUCACAGGGAACGGACUGUUCGAGGCGUACUUGCAUCGCAUGGGGCUAGCAGACAGCCCUGUGUGCAAAUACUGCCCAGCAAACACCGAUGAUGCCUGCCACACCUUCUUCCACUGCGGCAGAUGGGAGACAGAAAGAACAGCGGCCGAAGAAACAAUCAGAGCCAAAAUGAGUCCAGGAAACAUAAUCCCCCUUAUGAGCAGCUCUCCGCGGAACUGGGAGACAAUAAUGAGCUAUGCCGAAGCAGUACUGAGAGCAAAGAAGCUUGAGAACUGACCAAGAAGAGCGCCUAGUCGCGUAACCUGGGCCAGGCUGAAGUAAUGCAAAGCGGUUUCCGGUCUGGCCCCCUUCCUAAAAGAAGGGCAGAAAGAGAGGACUGUUUUUAGUCAGUAAAAAUCUGACACUACCAACAAUCCCACCUGUUGGUGUCUUUUGAAGAUUUUUAAACCUCUCAAAAAAAUUACUACCACCACCACUACUACCACCACCACUACCACUACCACUACCACUACCACCACCACCACCACCACCACCACCACCACCACCACCACCACCAACACCACCACCAACACCACCACCACUACUACCACCACCACCACCAACACCAACACCACUACUAUUACUGCAACCACCAUUAGUUCGCAAGCCGCCAUGAGCUUCACUAAGCAGACUGAGAAUGAAGGUGAGGCAAGUGCUGUGAUCGAUAAAGAUUCAGAAGAACUGCAUCUUAUAACGUUACCUUCAGGGAAACCUUUUAAAUUUUUGGUGCAGUCCACCGGCGGAGUUGACGUGAAGGAGGAUAAAGCUGUUUGGGAUCAUUCUGCCACCAGGCUGUUGAUUUCCGAGUAUGACGAGAAGAAGCAAAUGGUGGACAGUGGUAAGUUGAAGAGCCACAAGAUUAUGUGGAACUUGAUAGCGGAGGAAAUGUGUAAACAAGGCUACUCUUACAACAACUUGCAAGUCGAGAACAAGUGGAAGAGUCUGGACAGGGCGUUCAAGAAAUAUCUGUCUAGGAGGGAACUGACUGGGCGCACCAAAAAAGUACCUUUUUUCAAGGAAAUGAUGGAAAUUCAUAAGCGACAUCAGGACUUAUAUUCUUCAGUCGUGACAGAGCUGCAAGAUGAAGAUGUUGUAAUGCACGAGGAAGUCGUCAAUGACAGUGAUGUUGAGACUCAUGAAAUGUCGUACAGUGAGUAUCUGGAGCAUGUGACACAGAUAGAAGAAAACAUAGUCGGCAAUGGGGAAAGCAUUGUCUUGACGAGCACAAGCCCUUCGAAAGAAACAUACUCAUUCCACCCUGACGACAUAGAGAAGAGAGAACCACCACCUAAACUGAAAAGUGUGAUAUACGAAAUCCGCCUUUUGAGAAAAAGUUUGAUAGAGCAGAGGGAGGCAAGGUUGCAAGAAAAGAGAGACUUGGAGUUAAAGAAACUUAAGAUAAAGGAAGCUAUCUUUAAGCAGUUGAAAAGAAAAAAUGAUCUUUUGGAAGAAUUACUAAAAAAACUAUAAUGUACUUUAGUGUUAGUAUAAAACUGUUUCUCUUGCAAAAUCAGUUUGUUUGAUUCUUACAUGUUUUGAAAAUAUAAAUAAUUUUUUAAAAACUA